AUGACGUCGGUCCUCACGAGCUCGAUCGCCUCACUGGCUCUCGAUAAAUCUCAGCCUACCUCAUCGAAACCCCAAGCACUGCCAGCAGAGCUUCUGCUCCACAUCUUCACUCAUCUCGAGCACCGUACACGCGAUCUGGAAGUCCUCUCUCGCUGUUCAUGGCAGUUUCACGACAUUGCAGAGCCGCUGAUGUACGAACGCAUCCGCAUCCGAGACGCCAAACGGAUUGCGCCGCUCUUUCGUACGCUCGUCAAUGGCCGCCUCGACAGGUUGUCCUGGCUCAGGCAUCUCGAAGUCAGGAGUUGGCCCCUUUCAGAGAAGGAGAGCGUGAGGGAUAUGCUCUCUGAGCAGGCAGCUCAUAUUGUCCGCCUUGCCAAGAGAUUGGAGACGAUCAUCUGGACCCGAAAGGGCUCAAUGUCAAGGCAGCUCUAUCUGGCUUUGAUAGGCUCCUCACUCAUCAGGCUCGAGAUCAACGGAGAUUCGCUCAGGUUCUUUACACACAGCGACCUCUCCGCCCGGUCAGCUAUGCCGACGACAGGCUGCGUUGUACCCACGCAAAUGGUGCCAACACUGUCCGCCGACACCAGAAGUCUGCGCUCCUUCAGUGUCGUUCUGCCAGACGAAGAGGGGAUUCUCAAAUUAUGUCUGGUGCUCGAUAUCAUGCCCAUCGAAGACCUGUCAAUCAUAUGCGGUCAAGGAGCAACAGUGUCAGCGGAUAUGGUCGAGUAUCUCUUCAGAGUUCUCGAGGCUCGCGAGCAUCCGUUACGUACUCUGAGGCUCUUGGGCCUCACGACCGGCGCAGACACACGCGGCCUCGCAGGACCCGAGCGCGCCUUCGCCUCGCUUUUGAACCGAGGCCAAUUGAACUAUCUGGCGAUCGAUGGUCCUCUCGCUUUGGCACUGCCUCGGCUAAAACGCGGGCACGACAUCGAAGAACUAGUCCUGGCCGUUCCUGAUGGCCCCUUAGAUGUAAUGACGACCACGAUGGCCUAUGGCAUCCGCAGGCCCCACUCGUUGAAACGACUGACGAUCUACAAUCGUCACCGACCGGGAGGACCAACGUUCGAUCGCCUAGGACAAUCCAUGCCAUGGAUCCUCGCUCGACCUGGCCUGCCGGAUCUUGAAAGUUUGCGGCUCCAAAAUAUACUUUUGGAGCUCGAACAGAUAAGUGCUAUCGAGCGUACGGCUAGCCUGACGGAACUCGUGCUGCAUCUGACCUCAAAUGUCACCCUAGACGACUUGGCUUGCAUUUGCGAGAAGAGAACGAAUCUGCAAAGUCUGCAUUUCUUCUCGGAGAAUGAAGCGACGGCGGAAGACGCCAUGGGCACGCUCACGCAACUGGCGCAAAGCCUGCCGCGACUGACCGUCAUCGGAUGGAAGACAAGAGUAUGGGAAGUCGAAAGAUACUUUGCUCAUCCCCAUACUGGCCGCCAGCACUGA